AUGAUGGACUUCAAAACAGUUAUUGUUUUAUUGACUUUAGUUGGCGCUGGAUAUGCGAGUCGAACUUAUAAUCAAGGCUUCAAUCCUUGUAAGAUCAAUAAGUUCUUGUGUGGUAUGGGAAUCUGUGAGCCUUCGGAGGAUUUCAAGUAAUUUUUAAUUAAUGUAAUUUUGAUUAAGCAAGCUCACUUUACUUAUGCAUAAAGUAUUGUACUACAUCUCCACUAAGCAGAUAAAAAAAGUUCUGUCGCUUUUUAUUAUAAAAACCAAUAUAAGUUAGCGACAAAACUUUUUACUUUUCUAUGAUGAUACCAUUAGUAACAUUUAUAUCUAAAAACAUAUAACUUAUAUUGUGCCACCACAGGAAACUAAAAAACCGUAUAACCAUUGCAACUUGAACUUUUAGAAACUUCACAUGCCACUGUCAACAUGGCUUUACCGGUCGAUUGUGCGAAAUAAAGAAAGCUCCAUCUUGCUCCCAACGUCAAGUGCCAUGCCAAAACAAUGGUAAAUGCCAUGAUACCCUAAACGGUAUUGCAUGCGAAUGUCCGAAAGGAACGUACGGCAGACGAUGCGAGAUUCUUGAUGAAAGAGCGUUACCAAACUGGGGAAUUCUGAAGCUAGAAGACCCUAUUAGCGAUAUAACUAACGUGUCGGAAGAGUACAAACUGAUUGGCACAGUAACAGUAAAUAAACUUGUCACAUUGAAAGCUUUAAAAGUGCAUCUUGGAGAAUUGAUUAAUGAGAUUCAGGAGCACACUGAGGUGCAGUUAAAAGUGGCAACGUUGCCUGAUGGCACUGAACUGUUCUACGAUGUUACUCACGGCACAAAUAGAACAAAAGGUAACAGUUUGUGGUUUUAAUCAAUAUUUUUUUUUAUUUUUACUAAAAUUAUUGUGAUUUGGUGUCAAACUAUAUAUUGUAAUUGACUUUAGAUGACGUUACUACUGAAUGGGAAGCCAUGUUGGUAGCUACAGUGAAUGGAAACGACUACAGUUUGACCCUGAACGAUGUAAUUGCUAUGAUGAUUGAUCCUGUCUUCCCAAGUCACUUUGAGCCCCAAGAGUUGAAAGCAGUACUGAAGCCUAAAGAAGGUUAUGUUAGCUAUAUCAUAAUUGCCUUAUUUUGUGGAGCUGUUUUGCCUGCCUUGUUUGGUGGAUUACUGUAUGCAAGUCAAGGCGCAAUAUAUAAAUAUGGCACUAUCAAGAGAAAGAACAACAUGGAGAAUGUCCAGGUUAGUCUUGAAGUUUUAUUAAUAUUUUGUACCUGAUUUUCAAAAGUUUUAAAAAUCAAUACUUUUUAAAUUGAAAUAUAUUUACUGAUUUUUUAAAAAAAUCUAAUUGUUUACUUUUUUUGAUUCGACAUUUUUCAGGUUGCAUUGGAAAGUGGAACAGUAAAAAUCGCAACAAAUGAAAAACGAGUAUUUGAGUCAUAUGUACAUCAGUUGUGCAACAACUUCACGCUGGACCCAAGUGCCAACGAGUUUUUAAAAGGCUACUCUACUCUUCAUAAUGAAAAUGCUAUUCACGCGUUAUGCCACUUCUCAAACUAUUCAGAAGAAUCUUGCAUUAAGGCCAUCAACUGUUUGAUUCAACUUGGCAUUGACGUUAACCAUGUCAACAAAAUGGGUAAGUGUUAAUCAUUUUUGGGGAAAUUUAGUUGCAAUGUAAAAAAACUUGUUAACAAUUUUAACUUUCAAAACAUUUUGUAUGCCCUUUUAAACCUUAAACAAUUUUAGGUAAAACUCCACUUGACUUGGCCGCAGCAUGCCAUCGCAAUAAAAUUGCCAUAAGCUGUCUACUGCCACAAGGAGCUAAAGUCACGGCACAUCAGGCUAAAAAAGGCUUCACCGUUCUUCAUGAAUGUAUCGAGGCCAACAACACAACCUUGGCCAAUCACAUCCUUACCCGAGUGGAUGCAUUAGCCUUGUUCCACAUUGCCACACCAGCCCCUUAUCCCCAAAGUGCAAUGACUUUGGCUGCCUGCUGGGGCAUGUCAGAUCUGGUGGAGAGCUUGAUGAGAUUGGCUCACAAGAACGGGUUUAAUGUUGGUGGAAUUGCCAACAGAGAAAUGGAGAGAGCUGGUUGGACUGCUCUUCACUGGGCUGCUGCUGGAGGAAAUGUCGAUUGUGUGAAGAGGAUUCUGGACACGGCGAAAAGCAUAAAAAUUCUUAAGAAAAACGUGUUGUUGCCAGCGAGAUGCGAUUAUAUGGUAAGGAUUUGAACGUCUUCUAUGAUAGUUUCUUAUAACAUUACUUGUACAAAAUUUCGAUCUUAAAAGCUAACUUUUAAAUAUACUAUAUUGGAACUAGGUCAUGGUUUUCACGCGGUUUUGUGUUAAAUGUUGAAAUGUAAGUAAAUUUUUAAUUUUAGCAUCAAAUUGCGCUACAGACAGAAGUAGAGAACAAAUUUCUGAAUGUAGCCGCGGUACUGCUGGAGUACGGAUCUGAUCCGAAUCACACCGACUACCUUCGUCGAAGCAGCUACACGAUAGCGGCGGACAUCGAUGUAAAAACACCAGGAUUCAAGGCUAAAUUCGACGAAAUUUGCAAAAAGACGAAGGCUCCGGAAGAAAAAGCAGUCAAGACUAGAAAGAGAAUGGCUGCAAAGGUAAACAUUUACAGUGGUUUAGAAAGAAACUUACAGUAGUUUAAAGUUAGUACUUAUAUGCAGUUUGCUACAGUCCAUUGUGAUAAAUAAUGUUUAGUAACAGAAUGUUGGAAAAUUUAAUAAUUAGAUAACGUCGACUAACGAACCACGAAAGAUGACAGACGCUCUUUUGAUUCAUGUUAUCAUUCCGACAACUCAGUCGACUACAGCAAUCGCUGCUCUACAGAAGUGGCCCAACAAUGGUGUCAGACUCCUAUGA